CAAACAUAUAUACGGCUAAAACAUUGAUUCAACCAAACGAUUUUACUCAGUCGGGAAUGGUCGUGUUUUCCAACUGCAAGCCAUAAUAUUCUCGAGAGCGCAGCAAGCAGUCAAUAGAUAGAAACAAAAUUUAAAGAAAAAAAAAAGUUUUUCACAUUUCGGAAAAAAACCAUUUGUGCUUGAAUCACUACCGACAGUGUGAACGAAAAGAAACCAAAUACAAUAUUUGAAUUGGGGCUUCUGUGUUUAUCAAAGGAAUUACAAAUUCAGCGAAUACUAAACCGGUUUCAAUCAAAUAAAAGAAAUGAUGGGGAAACACUCAAAUAAGCGAUCAACAAACGUCCGAACUAGUUGAAUGAAUUGCGCUACUUAAUGAUUUAUUGCUUGUUUGUCCCUUAAUUGGUUUAUUUGUCACAUAAUCUGGAAGCACAUACACACAAACACACACACACACCGACACAUAUUCAUCAAAAGUUUGCAGACAACAACAACAUCGAUUGUACGAGCACUACCAAAUUCAAAUACACAUACUUCGAUACGAAUCAAACACCUACACGGAUACAACAAAACACACAUCCAAAUGCGAUUGAUCAACAUGCUGAAUUCAACGUACAAACAUGUACUGCACUGCACAUUGUUAUUUGUCGUGAUUAUGUUCUUUGAAAUAUUUACCGGCGGCAUAAAAGUCAAUGAAUACUCAUAUACAUCGGUUGAUCCAUGGUCCGAAUAUGGGCAAUUCGCCACAAUUGUAUUGUAUUUAUUGAGAUUUUUAACAUUCCUAACGUUACCACAAGUAUUGUUUAACUUUUGCGGGUUAGUUUUUUAUAAUGCGUUCCCGGAAAAGGUUGUGCUCAAAGGUAGCCCACUGUUGGCACCAUUUAUUUGCAUACGAGUCGUGACCCGCGGUGAUUUUCCCGACUUGGUCAAAGCAAAUGUGACACGAAAUAUGAAUACAUGCUUAGACACCGGAUUGGAAAAUUUCCUCAUGGAAGUUGUCACAGAUAAACCAAUCAAUUUGCCAAAGCAUCGACGCAUUCGAGAAAUUGUUGUGCCACAUGACUAUCAAACGAAAUCGGGUGCAUUAUUCAAAUCACGUGCUUUACAGCAUUGCCUUGAAGAUCAUAUAAACGUACUUAAUAACAACGAUUGGAUUGUCCACUUGGACGAAGAAACAUUGCUGACGGAGAACAGCGUUCGUGGUAUUAUCAAUUUUGUAUUGGAUGGCAAACAUCCAUUUGGGCAAGGAUUAAUUACGUAUGCCAAUGAGAAUGUUGUAAACUGGUUCACAACGCUAGCCGACAGUUUUCGUGUGAGUGACGACAUGGGAAAAUUACGUCUACAAUUCAAACUAUUUCAUAAGCCGUUGUUCAGCUGGAAAGGAAGCUACGUGGUAACUCAACUGCAAGCGGAAAAAGCAGUGUCAUUCGAUAAUGGGCUUGAUGGUUCGGUAGCUGAAGAUUGUUUCUUUGCAAUGCGUGCAUUCAGUCAAGGCUACACAUUCAAUUUUAUCGAGGGUGAAAUGUAUGAAAAAUCACCAUUUACAUUGAUCGACUUUCUACAACAACGCAAACGAUGGCUGCAGGGAAUUUUAUUGGUUGUUCACUCAAAAAUGAUUCCAGUGAAGCAUAAACUGUUGCUUGGCGUAAGCGUUUAUUCAUGGGUCACAUUACCAUUGUCAACAUCAAAUAUCAUUUUUGCUGCACUCUAUCCAAUACCGUGCCCAUAUUUCAUGGAUUUUGUGUGCGCAUUUAUAGCCGGCGUUAAUAUUUAUAUGUAUGUGUUUGGUGUGCUGAAAUCAUUUUCACUUUAUCGUUUCGGUUUGAUGCGAUUUGUGUUUUGUGCUCUGGCAGCCGUUUGUAUAAUUCCAGUUAAUUUGGUCAUUGAAAAUUUAGCUGUUAUCUGGGGUUUAGUUGGUAAAAAACAUAAAUUCUAUGUUGUUAAAAAAGACAUUCGGUCUCUGGUGACUGUCUAAUAUAUUGUUUCUUUUCUCAUAUACAUGUUAAUUUCUUUUUUUAAAAUCAAAACACACACACAUACACACACAAAAUUACUAUCUAACUUAAAUUAGUUUUAUUUAUAAUUGAAUUCAAAUUCUGUAGAUACAUUUAUAAAGAAGAGAAAGAAAAGAAAUGAUGUUCGUUCGUAAGCAUUAUUAUUAACACAUGCACCCAGGUUUAUAGAAGUUUUUAUUGUUCAAUUUCUUCUUCCAAAUGAGAAAAAAAAUGAGAAAGUGUACGCGUGAGGGAUUUUUAUAGCUCCGUAUUAUUCAAUCAUCCACUUAAAUGUGUGCUUGCUUUUUAUAAUUGGUUCACAAAUUAGAGACUUACCUUUUAAUUCAAUGGAAAGUGGAAUAGUGUAAUUUUAUAUGUAUUUAUGUAUGUGAGCGAUUUCAAAACAAAACCGAAUUAAAUGAAGUUUAAUUUCGUCAUUCACAGCUCUAGAA